UCAAGGUUCAAGUAUGAAUCCGCUAUACGAAUAUUACGUCCGAUAAACACGAACGUCACACUAAUUCAGACGUUGUACUUUGAAUCGCGAGACUUGUUACAUAGACACGUUUUCUGACGGGGAAAAACAUACGAAAAUCAUUUUUAAAAAUAGAUGUUUCUCAACUCAAUAUCACUUACUUGGCAACUCAUGUUUUUAUAGUUGUGAUUUAUGUAUUGUAAAAAGAGCCAAGUUGGACAAUAUAACAGAAACGCAUAAACAAUUGUUUCCUAUUGAAUGUAAUGGAAAAUCGCGAUUUCAAAUUAAGAGUCGCCAUUUGUAACUAUUAUCAUCUGGUACCGAAAUGUCUCAAGAUAAACAACAACAUCAUUAACGGUGUUAAUACACAAUCGCACACAUUUAUUUACGUUACGAUCUGUCUGUUAAUCUGUAUUUAAACUAGCGACUUCCUGUCAUGGUGCUUUUACACCGAAAUAAACAACGUACACUUUCUGGAGAAGAGAAAAAAAAGAAACUGUUUCACUUCCGGGCCGGAAUCGACACCUCUCUUGUGUCGUAUUUUUUUGCUCUCCCCCCGGUUCGUGAAUCAUAUCAGCACAAAGUUUGCUUAUUAUCCAGGACGACACUGCAUCAAGCUAACAUGGUGUUUAAAGCGACUGUCAACGGGGCCCGGAGGGCGACGAGGACGCUGUGGCUGCUCGUGCUCGUGAGCCUGUCUGUGAGCAUCUGUGUUUGCCGAGCAUCUUCGUCUCGGGAGGAGGACAGUGCCAUGGAGAACAUGGUUACGGAGAAACGGGUCGAGGAGAGCCACAGGCAGGACAGCGCGGACCUGCUCAUCUUCAUCAUGCUCCUCACCCUCACCAUCCUGACAAUCUGGCUGUUCAAACACCGGCGGUUCAGGUUCCUGCACGAAACUGGACUGGCGAUGAUUUAUGGCGUACUUGUCGGCGUGGUCCUGCGUUACGGCAUCCACGUUCCUCGGGACAUUAGCAACGUCACAAUGAGCUGCCACGUUAAUGCCAGCCCCGCCACUCUGCUGGUCAACGUCAGUGGAAAAUUCUACGAGUACACUUUGAAAGGAGAGAUCGGUGCCAGCGAGUUGAACGAUAUACAAGAUAAUGAGAUGCUGCGAAAGGUGACCUUUGACCCUGAAGUGUUCUUCAAUAUUCUCCUGCCACCUAUCAUCUUCCACGCUGGCUACAGCUUGAAAAGGAGACACUUUUUCCGUAACAUGGGAUCCAUCCUGGCUUAUGCCUUCCUGGGGACAGUUGUUUCCUGUUUUGUUAUUGGGCUGCUGAUGUACGGCUGCGUGGUGUUGAUGAAGCAGGUGGGACAGCUGGGAGGAGACUUCUUCUUCACUGAUUGUCUGUUCUUUGGAGCCAUCGUCUCAGCCACUGACCCUGUGACGGUCCUGGCUAUCUUCAACGAGCUGCAGGUAGACGUGGAUCUGUACGCUUUGCUGUUUGGAGAGAGUGUGCUCAACGACGCGGUGGCCUUGAUUCUGUCCUCGUCUAUAGUAGCUUACCAGCCACAAGGGGACAACACGUUUGAGUUCGUGGCGUUGCUGAAGUCUUUUGGGAUGUUCCUCGGAGUUUUCAGUGGCUCCUUUGCUCUGGGAGUGGCCACCGGGGUCGUCACUGCUCUCGUGACCAAGUUCACCAAGCUGAGGGAUUUCCAGCUGUUGGAGACGGCUCUGUUCUUCCUCAUGUCAUGGAGCACAUUCCUGCUGGCUGAAGCCUGUGGCUUCACAGGUGUGGUCGCUGUGCUGUUCUGUGGCAUCACUCAGGCUCAUUACACCUUCAACAACCUGUCUCCUGAUUCCCAGGACAGGACCAAACAGCUGUUUGAGUUGCUAAAUUUCCUGGCAGAGAACUUCAUUUUCUCCUACAUGGGUCUGACGCUGUUUACCUUCCAGAGCCAUGUCUUUAAUCCCAUGUUCAUCGUUGGAGCUUUUGUGGCAGUGUUUCUGGGAAGAGCCGCGAACAUCUACCCUCUCUCGUUCCUGCUUAAUUUGGGACGACGCAACAAGAUCGGAUCCAACUUCCAGCACAUGAUGAUGUUUGCGGGACUGCGAGGAGCAAUGACCUUUGCCCUGUCCAUCAGGGACACGGCGACAUACGCCCGUCAGAUGAUGUUUUCCACCACUCUGCUCGUGGUCUUCUUUACAGUUUGGGUUUGUGGAGGUGGCACCACCCAGAUGUUGUCCUGCCAGAAUAUUCGAGUGGGAGUGGACUCUGAUCAAGAUAACUCUAUGAGUAUUGCUGAAGGCUCAGAGAGAAAAACCACCAAACAAGAAAGUGCCUGGCUUUUCAGAAUUUGGUACAACUUUGACCACAACUACCUGAAGCCAAUCCUGACUCACAGCGGCCCCCCUCUCACAGCCACGCUGCCUCCCUGCUGCGGCCCCCUCGCCCGCUUCCUCACCAGCUCUCAGGCCUUUGAGAAUGAGUGCCAGUUGAAGGACGACGACUCUGACCUCAUCCUGACAGACGGCGAUAUCAACCUGGCCUACGGCGACAUCACAGUCAGUACAGAUGCAUCAGGUUCCCACACGAGCGGCGGUCCAGCCUUCGCUGGCGCCGCCACCUCUGAUGACUUGGACAGAGAGUUGACGUAUGGAGAUAACGAGCUGGUGAUGAGGGGCACGCGCCUGGUGCUGCCCAUGGAUGACUCUGACCCGCCCUUUACGGACCCCCACCACCGCUUGCGGAUGUGAAGAUGGUCUUUCAACGCAGACCCAGAAAACCGUCCGACUCGGACUGACCCAAGCCGCUGAGCAAGCGACCAGUACCUGACACUCCCGCUUUCAUUCCUCCCACUUUUUUCCCUUUUGCUCUUGCCCCACACACAUUUCCUCACAGUUACAUGUUCUCACUUCCUCUCGUGGCAAAUCACUGUCUCUACCUCAUUCUCGCUCAGCUCGUUUCCACACCUCUCUGGCAUCUGCCAUAAUUGUAAUAUAGUCUUUAUUUAUUUGCAGGGUUUUUGGGUAUUCAAUUGAAAAUCAGCUUAUCUUAGUUUUGCUUGAAUCUACUUAAGUUACUGUAGCAUUGCACAGAGGUCUAGCAGCAUGUGAUAGUGUGUAAAUGCAAGUACCAACCACUAGCAAAUUUUUUGAUGUACAGUAUAUCACAAGAGUACUAUAACUUUGAUAUGCAUGCUGAGGAUGCUUGUUGUUUUCUUCUUAUGGGAGGUUGAGGGCUUUUGUGUUUUGAGUCUGAACUUGAAUGUUGCUGCCUCCUCUCUGCGCAUCAGAGGCAUGCUGACCAAGUGGACAACUUUACUGUACAUUUUGUUACAAUCAAGUGCCUGGGAAUUGUAGUUUUAAGCCUGGCAACCAAGACUGGAUCAGCUCUUGGAUGCAAAGCCAGUUUAGAAUGGGCUGUAGUUUUCCUUUGAAGAAAAGAAGAAGAAGAAGAAAAGAAAUAUAAAAAACUAAACAGACACAUGCGUCCAAAAGGUAGCAAUAUACUCAGUGGGUGUUUGGGCUGUCAGUUUGUGCUAUUUGCCUGUAAAUAUUGUGUAGCAAUGUCAUGUCAAGUUAUGGAUCUCUCCCAAUGACCUUUGACUGUGACCUAGAGAGGGACAUUACAUCUUAUUGUAGACGCUGAUGUCACCGAAAACGAGAUCCAAAGGAGUUUUAACAGAAAGAUUAGUGCCAAAUGUAGUCCUGCAACGUGACAUUUUGUGAAAACUGAAUGCAGACGACCUUAAAGUGUUUUGUAUAAUUUUUGCAACAGCGCUUAAGUACUUUGAGCUGAGUCACACAUUUAGCUUUGAACAGACAUUUUAUAUUACAAUCGUGCAUUAAUUUCGCGACUUCUCAUUAAAUGAACCUGAAAAACA